CCGAAAUGAACGCGUCCCCCUCCGGCUCGCCUCGCACUUGUUGAAUAUCGAUUACCUCCAACCCUGCGGCGGGUUUUAUACAUUCCUCCACGCGGUAUGCGGAGUCUUUCCCCCGGGCGUGGAGCUGCUGGUUUUCGGCUGCAUGGCUGACGGACAGGCUGGAAAAACAGCGUCCAUCCAUCUGAUAGACUGUAAACUGCCGCGGACACACUCAGCAUCCCGCCGUACCGGAUCGAUAUUUCAUCUCUUUUUCAUCAAGCUUCGCAAGCAGGGAGCUCCGGAAAUCACACGGAGCACGGCGCCCUCUCCCGCGGGCAGCGCCGCUGGGUGGCACCGCUGUCUCCGGGCGGAGGGACUCUGAUCUCGGGGUGGUGGACGAUCUCUCCGCCGUGAGAAGACGACGUCGAAAAGGCUUGAAAAGCGAGCACUACCGCCUUGUUGGGACGCCCGCUCCGUGUUUGAGGAAGGUGGAUACACGAUCGGUAUUUCACUAGUUUGAUAUUUAGCCAGCCUGUUAGACGGGAAGCUUUGGGAAACACGCCGGUCCCAGCGCCCUCUCUCCGGGCAGCACCGCUGGGUGACACCGCUGGGUCCAGCCGGUGGAAUGACUCCUGACCGGCGGUUAACGACGUCACAUUUACCGGAAAACUAACCUCGUUGGGAUCACGAAGUCGUGACCCGGUUGUCUACUCUGUAUUUCUGGACCUGGAUAAUUAGCCUCUGAAGCGGGGGAAGCUCCAGUACUCAGACCGAACACGGCGCCCUUUCGCCGGGCUGAGCCGCUGUGUCCGGCCCGGUGGGACGACUCGCCAUUGGGGCUGUGAUAUUUUCUAAAGACCCAGGCUUCUCUGCACCAGGAGUGAACCCCCUCAUACCCCGUGUUAUCGCCCUCCUGUCGUGGGUGUGUGUGUAUUCGGAUAGUAGGACAUGGCCGACUCCGGCCGGGCCAGACCGGCGGACUCCGCCGCCGCGGACUGCCGGACAUCGAGUCCCCUGACGGUGAAGAAGAGGGCGCAGCAGUCUCCCGGUCUCCGGCCCAAGUACCAGAGCUCCGCACCCGGCCACUGCCUCAGGAAAGUCACCCUAACCAAACCCACCUUCUGCCACAGCUGCAGCGACUUCAUCUGGGGGCUCAUCGGCUUCCUGUGUGAAGUGUGUAACUUCAUGUGUCAUGAGAAAUGCCUGAAGACUCUGCGCUCGGUCUGUUCCUGCAUGACUCCGUCUGUGGUGCAGGUCCCGGUGGCUCACUGCUUCGGUCCGGCGGGUCACAAGAAGCGAUUCUGCUGUGUCUGCAGGAAGCAAACGGAGGGAAACACGGCGCUGCGCUGCGAAGUGUGUGAGCUGCACGUCCACGCUGACUGCGCUGUCUUCAGCUGUGCAGACUGUCGCAGGAGUCACCAGGACGCCACCCUGCAGCAGGAUACGUUUCACCACCACUGGAGGGAGGGAAACCUGCCGUCAGCGGCGAGGUGUGACGUCUGUCGGCGGUCCUGCGGUUCGUCUGACGUCCUGGCGGGGAUGAGGUGUGAGUGGUGUGGCAUCACGAGCCAUGCGGCGUGUUACCUCGGCGUGCCGCCAGAGUGCACUCUGGGACGUCUGCGCUGCAUGCUGCUGCAUCCGUCCUGCGUCCGCCUCGAGUCCAGAAACUUCAGCAAGAUGCACUGCUACCGCAUCACCGAGAGCUACAGCCAUGACCUGGAUAACUCAGAUGAUGUUGAACCGUCUGCUGCUGUGUCUAAAGACGGUCAGCCGGCUGCUCUGGAGUCAGGGAAACAGUUUCUUAAGGUGUUUGAUGGCGAUGAUGCAGUCAAGCGAGGCUUCUUCCGAUUGGUCUCCAUCCUUCGAGCCACAAGGAAUGAGGAAGUGGUGGAGGCGGCGCUGAGGACCUUCUACCUCCCAGAUGAACCUGAGGACUACGAGCUGCAUGAGAUCGGCGGCAUGCAGCGUCUCCAUAGCGAUGACAUCCUCAACCGUAACGGCGGUCCAGACAACAGGAGCUCUCUGAAGGACGGCGGUGACGCCUGGCUGCUGAGGGCCAAACCCCGAGAGGCUGAGGUCAUCAAGGUGUACGCGGGCUGGCUCAGGUCGGGUGCAGCUUACGCCUCCGUCUCCGUCUCUAAGAGCAGCACAGCAGCUUCAGUCCUCACUGAGGUCCUCACUCAGCUCGACAGACAGGAGGAAGACGCGUCCAGUUUCAGCCUGCUGGAGGUUUGCAUGAGCAGCAAGCAAGUCCAGAGACAGACUCUGACUCCUCAGGAGAAGAUUCUGGACAAGGUGCAGGAGAUCAGGAAGGUGUCUCUGCGGCAGAUGAACCAGACUCGGUUUUACAUCGUGGAGAACAGGAAGAGAGCGGCGCAGGUCAGCCUGCUGAUUGGAGGACUGCCCCCCCUGCUGAAUAAAGAGGACUACGUCCAGCUGAUCCAGGAACACCUGACCGUCAAGAGUCACCUGGUCACCACCAGCCACAUCUAUGCCAGUCAAGGUACGGUGGCGCUGCAGAUCUCGUGUUUCUCUGAAGCAGAGAGGAUCUACAUGUUAGCUAAAGACACGACCGUCAGCAACAAGGCGCUCUCUUCGCUUGUCAUCCCAGAGAUCGAGCACAACAAGCUGGGACAAGACGUCUGUCCUCUGCUGGUGUUCGUCAACCCAAAGAGCGGCGGGCUGAAAGGAAGAGAGCUUCUCUACGGCUUCCGGAAACUUCUGAACCCUCAUCAGGUCUUUGACAUUUCCAAUGGAGGACCGCUGGCUGGCCUCCAUACGUUCCGGGAGGUUCCCAGAUUUCGGGUGCUUGUCUGUGGGGGCGACGGGACGGUGGGCUGGGUGCUGGGAGUACUGGAGGCAGUCCGGCACAAACUGGUCUGUCGAGAGCCGCCCAUCGGCAUCGUCCCGCUGGGAACAGGUAACGACUUGGCUCGUAUCCUGCGCUGGGGGGCGGGUUACAGUGGCGAGGACCCUCACCACAUCCUGGUCUCUGUCGACGAGGCAGACGAGGUCCUGAUGGACCGCUGGACGAUCCUGCUGGACGCCCAGGACAUCACUGAAGACGGCAAGGACAACGGCUUCCUGGAGCCACCCAAGAUUGUGCAGAUGAACAACUACUUUGGUCUUGGCAUCGAUGCGGAGCUCAGCCUCGACUUCCACCAGGCCAGAGAGGACGAACCGGAUAAAUUCACCAGCAGGUUCCACAACAAAGGUGUGUACGUGAAGGUCGGUCUGCAGAAGAUCAGUUACACCAGGAGUCUCCACAAAGAGCUGCAGCUUCAGGUGGACGCUCAGAACGUCCCAUUACCCAAUAUAGAGGGUCUGAUCUUCCUCAACAUACCCAGUUGGGGCUCUGGUGCUGAUCUCUGGGGGUCAGAGGUCGAUGGUCGCUAUGGGAAACCUAGCAUCCAUGAUGGCCUGCUGGAGGUGGUCGGGGUCACAGGGGUAGUCCACAUGGGCCAGGUGCAGAGCGGGAUGCGGUCAGGGAUUCGUAUUGCUCAAGGGAACUACAUCAGGCUGACUGUGAGCAAACCCAUACCUGUCCAGGUGGACGGAGAGCCGUGGAUCCAACCACCUGGACACAUCAUCAUCUCUGCUGCCGGACCAAAGGUUCGGAUGCUGAGGAAGUCCAAGCAGAAGCAGAAGAAAUCGUCAGCUGGUGUGAAGGACGGACGUUCUGAGAGUCCUUCCUCCAGAGAUGGAGGACAUUGACCGAUCCACCUGGAAACCAGUGUCUUGCCUUUUACCUACUUCCUGUUGCUGAUGGGAAGCCAUUUUUACGCCAGCAGCCGGCUGUGAUUCACUCGUGUAGCUUUGUAGCGAUGCUAACGGGCUGCAGAUCAACUUGGAGGCUGGAUGAGGUUGAACUUUUCCCUGCACAUGUUUGGAGGAAGUCCUGGAUCAGCUUGAGUUAGGCCCAGUCGGGAUCACAUUUCCAGCCCGCUGCCCACAGAAUUCACAAUAACUAUCGUCAAUAUUCAGCAACUAAAACUGACUUUUUUACGUAAAACACAAGAGUAACAAGUCAUGAUUAGAUCGUGCUUAGAUUAACACGGAGUUGAUGUUAAGGGUUUCUCAGUACAGAUAAGCUUGAGAGUUAAACAAAAAGAAGUAUUUAACAAAAGUUGUUGAGUUUCUGUCCAGAUGUGACUGUAUUUGUACAGUAAGUAGCCGUAGACUCAGUGUCAGUUCAUAUGUUGUAAUAACUUUAGUUGUGAGAAAUAAUGUGCAGCUAUAGAGUGAUUAUGACCUCAGUGUCUCAAAGUGUCAUUGAACAUGGAGAAGCUGAACGCUGAAGCUCUCCUGAAGAGACUGACGGGCAGCUUCUUGAAGAAGCUGUAACCACGUUAUGUUUGUCGAAACCACAAAUCUCCUGGAUGCUGAACUGGCUUUCUUCCUCGUGUGUGAAAUCCUUCGGUAAUGUUGGUUUUAGACAACAUUCAUUUUGCAGUGAAGCUCUCCGAAGCUAAUGAACGUGCAAAAGUCAGGCUAGAAAUCACUGAUUCCGUGUAACCACGGUGUCCACUGUAAAUACCACAGGAGUCAAAGAACUGAAGUCAGAUGAGUCUGAGCUGAGUGUUAACUGAAGAGCAGCUGUAACGCCUGGAGCACAGUUUGGACUCCAGCAGGUGGAUGUAGGUUUUAAAUAUGAAUGGGAUGUAAACCCUGAGGUCAAAGUUUAGUUUCCUACAAACGAUCAUCUUGUUAUAAUAACUUGGAAAAAAGAUUUGUUCCUGCAAGAGCUUAAGUUCCGUGUAGGAGAUAAAAAUACAUCUUAUAUCUACAUUUACUUGGUUUGCUUUGUACUCAGAUUAACUUUAAUCACUUCAACUACUUGCUAAAUUAAACUAAAUGCUAAAAGUAAGAAAACUAGAGUGAAAAAGAAGAAUAAUAGUAGAUGCAUGAUUUUAAAAAAAUUAGCAAACUUAACUAUUUUGUUUAGCUCUGCAUAAAAAGAGCAGCUGAUCUUGAAAUUCUAAAUAAUCUGAAUUAUACAGGUUGUACUGACAUAUAAAUAUAAAAUCUGCCAAGAUACAUUUAUUAUCAAUGACGAGCUGAAGAUAUUUUACAGCCAUACAAUCCAAAAAUGCUAAAAGAAAGUAUUGGAGGGCUAGCAACUGCAUUAGCAACAACUAGCUUGUUAAAUUACUGUAAUAACCUAAUAAGUUAGGUUAUGUUACUUUAUGUCUUAAUUUAACUGGCCGCUUGAGUCAAUUAAUUAAUUAUUGUCUUCUAAAGAUUGAACUUGUUGUAGAAUUAAGAGCUGAUAUAUUCACCAUUCCAGAUUUCUUAUGAGAGCUGCAAAUCAUUAGCUAAAAGUACAGCUACCCGCUACACGUGGCGUUGCUAAUUUAGAAGAUGUCACAUGGUUAAAACAUGAGUCUUCCUCAUGACUACGAUAGAAACUGUGCUGCAGCUUUACGCUGUGUUUUCAGUUCAUGCUAACAUCCUCAGCUGUGAUGUUCGACUGACUCGUCUUUUUCUCUUUCUUGUCUGAUAGCAGUUAGCUCCUGAGUACUAAGUGCGUUGUAUUGAGUUUAUGCUAAAGGACAGCAGCGUCCAAUCACUCAGUGAGCCACAAACCCAAAAUUGAAAACAGGCAUAUCUGUCCUACGAGUUUUUGCUGAGGGAUGACACAGUUCUUUAAUUCCUUCUCUUCCCCAAAGCCACAUGUUUAAAUAAAUCUAGCAUGUUGCUAGCUGCAUUACAGCGCCAUUACUAGCUUGCAAGCUGGUUAGCUACUUUACCGGAAAGCUCACUAGCUUGCUCGUAUGCCCAAACAAAACGUACUUUGUAAAGGAAAUGUAGCGUAAGAAUUACAAACAUGUGGAAACACAACGUGCCAGUGUGUGAUGCCAGGUACCAGCUAGCUACACUGCUAGCUUUGCCAAGCUGCCAGCUUUGGUUGUCGAGCUAGCUUGUGAAAACAAAGGAAGAAAGUAUUUGAAGAGAGCAAUUUGAGGGUUAAAUUGUUCAAUUCAGUGACCUGCUGUUUUACAUUUUAUCACUUGAUUUUCAGCACAGAUGCUGUUAUUGGUCGACAUGAGUUUGUUUUGCUGCCUUCAGUCAAUCCAAAGAUCACAUUUCCGUUCAAACGAAUCCACUUUGGUGCAAAGUAUUUCUGCCAUAAUUGUUUGUGCGAGCCCGAACUCGCCAUCGCAGCUUCCCCCGUUUUCAGUGAACCCCGACUUUAAGCCUUGAAGGAAACUUUUGAAAGACGAGCCUCAGCUGCCAGUUUAUACCCGAACAGCCUGUGACGGACAGACGCAGGAGGAUUUUAUGAACUUCGUCUACAUUCCCAGAGAUGCAGAUCGUAAAGAAACACAUUCUGUAAAGGACACUUUCUGGACCAGAUGCAGGAUCUUCUGCUGAAGGUCUCAGCUCUUGAUGUAGCCACAACAGUACUGAAUCUCUGUACUUUAGUUGUGAUAUUUAGCUUUUUUUUUAUCCAAGGUCUAAUCAACUGAUUUACUUUGGCGUUUUUUGGUGCUAGAGGGUAACAGUUUGUUAUAGUUCUGUGUUUGACUUAAAAUUCAAAGAUCAUGUUUUUAUUCAAAGCCUCAAACUCAAAAAAAAACUUGAUCCAGCUUUUAUUACAGGUGUUUUAAUUAACUCAGGAGCUGCAUGCUGCUGCAUUUCAGUGCAGGAGUAUUCAUUCCAGACGGCUGCAUUUAAUGAAUUUAAUGAAAAGCGAUGACAGUAAAGGUUUGUGGCUUUGAAUGAAUGAAGAUCUGAGAAUGAAUGCUGAUCAUCAGUGGCAUUAACUGUUCAUUUUCAUUGACUGUAAAGUGCUGAGUCAUGCUGAAGUGUUUUCUACAGUCGACACUGUACUGACGGUCGAUGUAGCUGUGAGAAGCUUAAACUGUGCAGACAGGCCUGCUGUCACAGUGUGUUAUCACAUGCAUGAAGUACUGUAGUUCUGAGUGUUCUUAUAACUGCAGCGUUUUACCUCCUCUUUGUUCCCACUAAGGACUCAGUCUGUCUGCCGUCACUGUUAAACAACCGUAACUGUUAUUUCAAACCAGUGUGAACUUCACAUUCCUGCUGAUCAACAGGAAGUUUCACUCUUCUGCAAGUAAACUUGAGAGAAAUGAAGUGAAAUGGAGACGGUGGUGUGCAGGAGUAUGAAGUUCACAAACUUUGUUGUUAAUGAGCUAAAAGAACCAGCAGCCUCGUCCUCAGAAUUUAGUCUUCAGACCAAACAGAGCACAAAGAUCCUGCUGCAGGUGCUCCACCACUGAAGGAUCAUCUCUGUAGUCCAGAGAAGACGUUUUCACCAUUUAUGACUCAAAGAGAGUCCAGACAACUGAUUCGGUUCAUUUUGACUCAUGUCAAAAAUGUAGAAAGUAGUUCCUUAAAAAUUAAAAGAAGAAGAUCGAAUGCUGCUUUCAGGCUCUAAUAAAGCACAAAUGAAGAAUCUGAAGCAACAGUUUAUGGGUUAAACAUUCACACUUGUAACUUUAUGUUUUUAUGGCUGCAUCGUUCUGUCAGAUGGAAAUAUUCUACAUGUCUGCUGCAUCACUGUAGACACAGACUUGGUAUAUUUGGACAGUUUUGGAUCUCCAGUUGAAUUUAAUUUUUUUUUUUGUUUAAAUGAAAGUUGAACAAAACAUCAUCAGAUGCAGCUGAAGUUCAUUGACUAAAACGCGUUUUAUUUGUGCAGUUUUUGAGCAAACAUUUCCUCCUGCAUCCAAAACGUUAAAUGUUCGGAAAGACGAAAUUUCUUUUUUCUCUCUUGGUUUUUCUUUGAUGCCACAAACUACUUUUAUUUGUCGUUGAAUGUUAAAAAUGUGCUUUAACGUGGUUUUCUCUGCUUCUCUGCGUCCGUCGUGCCUCGUAGCGUCUGACUUACCCGUCAUUAUUAAGGGGCGGUCUGAAACCAGGCCGGGUGGUGGUUUGGUCUGCAGGGUGAAGUCCGUGUAGUGCCUCAUCCGAACGCUUCGACGCCCUCAGCGCUCUGACGUUUACCGUGUGUAUGUGGUGUGUUCACCUCUAACGUGCUGAGCUAAUGUGCCUCCAGAUGUCAUCUAGAUGUCUCUUUUCUUUUGCUGUUACUGUUACUAUAUCUUUAAUUUUUACCUGAAGUUUUAUUGAAUAGAUGAUAUGUAUAUUUUUGCAGAGAGAAGCUGUUUUUGUUUUUAGUUUAACUGUAAAGUUUUAAUUGUAAAUUGCACUAACUGUUUCACAGAUGCUCUUAGAUGUCACGUUCAGGUUAUUAUGAAUGUUGUAACAACUAAAGCUAAAUAUAUAGUACAUAUAUAUGUUUAAAUAACUGAUUCUUAUGUGUUUAAUCAAAAUAAACGAAAGACUAUCUAAG